GCGGGGCGAACGUCACUUCCCGCAGUCUCCGCCUGGUCCUCCCGCGCUAUGACGGCCCGCUCGGAACCCCAGGGGCGGCGGCCCGGAGUGGGGAUAGGAGUAGUGGUGACUAGCAGCAGGCAUCCUCGUUGCGUCCUCCUGGGGAAGAGGAAGGGGUCGGUUGGAGCCGGCCGUUUUCAACUCCCCGGAGGCCAUUUGGAGUUCGGUGAAACGUGGGAAGAAUGUGCUCAAAGGGAAACCUGGGAAGAAGCAGCUCUUCGCUUGAAAAAUGUUCACUUUGCCUCAGUUGUGAAUUCCUUUGUUGAGAAAGAAAAUUACCACUAUGUGACGAUACUAAUGAAAGGAGAGGUGGACAUGACUUACGAUUCAGAACCAAAGAACACAGAGCCUGAAAAAAAUGAAAGUUGGGAGUGGGUUCCCUGGGAAGAAUUUCCUCCACUGGACCAGCUUUUCUGGGCACUGCGGGGUUUAAAGGAACAAGGCUACAAUCCAUUUAAAGAAGAUUUAGAUCACUUGGUAGGAUACAAAGGCCAUCAUCUCUAGGGGAAGAAAAAGAUAACCUCAUGUACUUUGAAAAGACAACAUAGGGUUCUGUGAAAGCACAAAAAAUAUCUGCAUUUCAGAACAACUCCAUUUUAUGUAAAAAGUUCCAUAUGCUUGCCAGUUUAUUUUCUCUCUUUAUACCCACCACCCUUUCAACCAGUACUUGUGAAAAAUUUGCUGGCUUUACAUCAUGAAUUGCAUUUCAGACUCAGAAAAUGUGAUAAAUGGUAAUGUUGUGGCAA